AUGGGAAUCUGCACUUCUUAAUCUAACUCGAAUUAAAAAAAUCCAAGAUAAAAACAAUAGUUAAAAAUCAUCCUUCCUAACAAAUCUAUUGAUGAACCUAAACCUGAAAUAUAAGUUUAAAAUUAAUCGAAUAGAGAAGCUUCUGCCCAGAAUACUCCUCCCAUUCAGAAUAGCUAAUAAAGCAUUCAUUCUCCUGUGAAUGUCGUUGAGGAUAAGCGAAAAUCAGUGCUCUCACAUGGUUUGUCUAAAUAGGGUGAAAAACCAUUAAAAUAAAACAGCUCCAGGAAUAUUAGAUCUGGAUCACUGAGAUCCCUGAACAUUCCUGGAUCUCCUUCAUCUUCACAGAGAGGUUCCAUACAACCAGGGGUUCAAUUUUUUAGUACGAAUGCUUCAAAAAAAUAUUCAUUCCUGCAUAACAAAGAGUCUUAGAGAAAUGUAAGGAUUGAAGUUAGAUAUUUUUUAGCCUGAUUUGUCAUUCAUACAAGGGAACAAGAAUGGUAAGAAAGCUCGUUUGGAGUUGUUGUCCAAAGAAGAACAGGAUAGUAUCAAAUACAUUUAUUGGUUAAAAUCUAAUCAAUUAGUAACAAUUAUUAUUAUUAAUGUAUAUAGGAUCAUAAACACAUCCUAAAGAAUUUGGAAGUCCACCAAGACAAUAAUGCAUAUUAAUUGGUCUUGGAAGAUUUUGAUGGCUGGAAGUUAUCUCGAUUACAGAACUCAGAAGAUCUUACAGAAUUAGUUUUAGCAAAUAUUGCUGACCAAAUGUUUCAAGUACUAAGCUAUUUUAAAAAUUUGUCAAUAAAUCAUGGCAAUCUAAUCAUCAAUAGUUGGGAAUACUAUUUCGUAUCUGGUUAAGUAUUUAUUAAGCUGGUUGACAUCAAAUCAAUCUCGACCAAAAAAGUGGAAGAUCUAGAUGUGAUAUGUUACAUGCCCCCAGAAUAAUUAUACAAAGAAGAUUUCAAACCAGAACGAGACUUAUGGGCAGUCAUGCUUAUCCUAUAUACCUUAGGGAAAGGGAGUCUUCCUUACAAAAUUCCCCCUUAAUAAACACAUGAUACUGCUUCUGUAAAAUAAUUAAUGUUGCAUACAACUUUUGAAGUGGAAGCAGAUAUUAAAAAGUUUUCAAAAGACUUUAUAAGUAUAUUGCAGUCAGUGGUGACAGAGAAGAAUCCAAAAAAAAGGAAAACUUUAGAAGAAAUAAAAGUAAACAAAUGGAUAGUUGAUCAAAAAUAUCAAGAAAUCCCUUUGUAGGAAAGAUUGUUAACGAACAUGUUAAAUUAAAAGGAUAGUUGCCUCUUACAGUAGGCUAUCCUUGAAAUAAUGAUCUAAGAGUUCGAACAGGAAACUGCUCUGCAAUUAUAGAAAUUAUUCAGUGAAUUUGAUGGGGAUAUGGACACCAUCAUUAGUAAGGAUGAAUUAAUAAAGAUGUUUCAAAAAUACACCAAAUUGAAGGAUCUAGAGAUUUAAAUUGAUAAAAUCUUUGUUUCUCAUUCAAUAAAGGAAGAGUAGAUGGCUUAGUUCACUUUUUUAUCGCUAGCUGCUCCUAGGGGAUAGUUGCUUACAUAAACUAACCUUGAGACUACGUUUAAUCUUCUUAGUAAUAAUAAAUCAGAAAUUCACGCUAAUAAUGUUACCAAGUAUCUCAAUGUGAUCAAUGAGGAAUUGGAAGCUCAAUUUGACGAAUUGGCGCCAGAGAAAAAAGUAAUUUGUAUCUCUUAUCAUAUUAGUUAACUUUAGAUCAGUUCAUUCGAAUGAUGGAAUUACUAAGAUGAGUAAUUUUAUAUGUUCUUAAUAUUUCAAUUACAAAAUUACUUAAUAUUAAAAUCCUUAUAUUACACACUUAUUGAUAUUUUAUCCAAUCAUGAAUAAAUAUACAUUAAAUUUCAAAGACAAAGAGAUCGAAUCUAGUUAUUAGAACAUAACCUAAAAAAACUUUAGAGUAUUCACUCUCACUAUUAUGACUUUGGGACUUCUGGCUGUGGCAAUAACUAAAAUCAUCGAGAGCAUUUUACUCAAGGAAUAUCAAACCAUUUACAAAUACUGUUUGUUUAUAUGCUACUUGAUUAUUUAAUAUUGUAUAAUGAAGAAGCACACCAAAUAUAUUCGAUUUGCCAUCAUCCUAUUGAAUCACUUGAUCUCAGUGUUUUUUAGUCUCUAAGUAUCAGAAGUAGAUGAUUCUUACAAUAGUUUCCUCAGGGGAAGUAACGUCAUGGGAGCAAACUUUUUGAUGCUGAUUUCAGGUGAGUUCCUGGAUGCAGCCAUCUCAGUCAUUACUAUUGGAAUUAUCAAAAUUAUUUUGGUGUAAGUUUCGACCAAUUUUCUACUUUACUCCACAAUCAUAAGUUCUGUGCUAGUAAUCAUUUACACAAUUCGUUACUUGUACCAUUUUCAUAAGGCAAUGCGCAGUCAAUUCUUAUUGGCUUUGAAUGAUUCACAUUGGGAAAAAAUCUUAACUUCCAUUGCAUUUAAGCAACCAUACUUAGUCUUAUCCUUUAUAGAGGAUAACAUGCAGUUUGCUCUGAAACAAGAGGCUCAAUGCCAUAAAUUUUUUAACAGAUUAUUUGAUGGGUCCAACUUUAUCAGAGAUGCCAUGUACAAGGGCAAUAAAUUAGAGAAGUUCUUGUUUAUGCAAAUCUAGAAAUAUAGAGUGGAUAGGGCAUCUGUUUUUAACAAGACCCUGGUUGUGGAAUACUUCAGAAAAAUGAUAAGAAUUGAAUGUUCUAUUUAUUAUGGAAAUAAGCCUACUAUACUGCUACUAAUGAGGGAUUUCCUGAAUGAAAAAAAGCCAGACACAUCAAUCUAUGAAUAAAGACACAGAAACUUUAUUAAACUUCUUCUUAAAGUCUUGGGUCACAUUGAUAGGCUAUCUUCAUUUAAAUGCCGUCUGAUCGAAAGAAAACUCUUGAUCUUGUAAUUGUAUGAGGAUCUAAGACUCUCGAAAUUGCGAGAAAGCGAAAUUAAUGUAUAUAAUUUAGCAUAAAUUCUACACAAUUUGUAUUCUCACCUAUCCAUUAAGGCAUUUGUGAGCGGUAACAGUAAUUUCAAUACAAUUUCAAAUAUCUUUUUGUUGAUAUUGCUAAUAAUAGCUGAAAAUUCCUAAGGCUUGUAAAUUUCAAUAUGUUUGACAAAUGAAGAAGAAAACUAGAGGUGGCUGCACAUUUCAGGUAAUUUUGAGAUUGAGAAAGUAAAGAAAGCAUUAAGAUAAAUAUCAGAUUAUAUUAAUUUGAUUAGUUCAAGUUAGAUAGUCGAGUAAUAUAAGAUUUAGUUCUAUUUAAAUCAAUAUAUUUUGAUACCAUUUCAACUCAACGAAGUAAAUGUAAGAACUCGAAAACACCUUGAUUUAGAAUGA